ACAGGCGCAACCCUCUUCGAAGCUAGUCUGAACAUGGAGGCGGACAUGGUGGUAGAGCGGAAGGACGUCGUUAGCAAUCCGUGCUUGCUUCCUCCGGAGCAGACUCGCCCCAGUCCGGCCCGACCCACCGUCCUUCCCACGCCUGCGCUCCGUUCCAAAAAUAGCACCAAUGCCGUUGAGCCUGGCGAGUUGACUUUACAUCCCACUCGUUCCUCGCUCGCCCUCUGCCCUAGCUUGCUCUCCGCCGCCAUGACCGCGCUCGCUAUAUGCGGCGACCACGGCGCGCUUGACUUUGCGAGCAGCUGCGUACGCGGCGCGUGGAGCGCGUUCCUGCCCGCCGUUGUCGUGCUACUCCUAUGCGUUAGCGCGAUACCUCUGCCGGCGAAGGCGUACCGCGUCCUCGACACGCUCAGGUCCCCCUUCCGCACCUUCCUACCAUUACAUGAAGCCGAAGCAGUGGACCUCGCCGAGGAGGAGGAGAAGCCGGCUCCCUCCCCUGUCACUGUCCAGGCAGUGGCACCCCUAUGGCGGACUGUGGUGUUGACCUUCGUCGGCCUCGUCGAGACGCUCUGCUGGAUUGCGACUGCGUCCUUCACUAUCAUUGUCUACGACGGAAGCGUCUGGGGCGGCCUGAUAUCCCUUAUCGUCGCGGCGACCUGGCUGUACGCGACAGUGCGCCCCGUAAUGCGCCCGCCUAUUACCGUGCCAUGGGACCUCUUCGUCUUGUAUUGCGCACAUCUCAUUGGCGCGGUGCUCAACCUCGGAGGAAUCAUCUUCGAUCACGACGUGUACUCCACUCCACUCCCUUCUCCGGUGGCAUUGACCGCGCGAAUCCUGCACCUCGCCGCAGUGGUCUUCCUGCUCGCCAUCGUGCUGCAGACCCCGCUCGACAUACCGAGUGACAGGGUCAAAAAGGAAGACAUUGGCACACGCAUCAUCCCUGAAGACUACGUGACCCUCUUCCAAUGGAUCACCUUCGCCUGGGUCUACCCCAUCGUCAAAAAGGGGCGCUACAACACCCUGGAGCUCACCGACGUCUGGGACCUCAGCCCCUCCAUCCAAUCCCGCCCCAUCUUCAUCAAGUUCAGCAACCUCAAAGUGCCCACCCUCCUCCAACGCAUCUUCUGGGCCAACUCCCUCGACCUCAUUAUGGACGGCGUCGGGCAGUACUUUAGCGUCGCGUUCAACUACGCCGGCCCGUUCUUCCUGAAGAAGAUCCUGGAUGCCGUGAACAACGCGGAUGCGUCGCACGAGCAGCGGUCGUUGGCGUAUAUCUAUGCGCUCCUGGCAUUCGUGUGCACGCUGAUGAAGGCGGAGGUGGAUGUGCAGCACCUGUGGAGCAGCAGGCGGUCGUCGACGCGUAUUCGGAGCGAGCUGAUGGCGGCUAUCUACGACAAGGCGCUGAAGAGGAAGGACUUCUCGGGGUUGGUGGACAAGGAUGGCAAGAAGUUCAAGGAGGAACCGAAGGAGGCAGGAAAGAAGAAUAAGUCGAAGGGCAAAAAGAAGGACAAGCCCGUAGAGCUGGAUCCUAAGGCGGGCGCUGAUACUGGCAAGAUUGUCAACCUGAUGGCGGUCGACGCAAACAGGAUUUGUCAACUGGUGGCCGGCCUCUACUUCCUGUAUUCAGCCCCGUUCGAAAUCGCGAUCGCGUCCGUGUUCCUCUAUCAGCUCCUCGGCUGGUCUGCGUUCGCUGGCUUCGUCGUCAUCCCUUUCUUUUGGCCACUCAAUAGCAUGAUCGCCCGGCGGAGCAUCGAGAUCCAGAAGGGCGUGAUGGCGGCGCGGGACAAGCGAAUGGGCGUCCUGAACGAGCUCAUCAGCGCAAUCAAGUUCAUCAAGUUCUUUGCCUGGGAGAGCCGCUGGAUCGAACGCACGAUGGCCGCGCGCGAGUACGAAAUGCGUUGGAUGGUCAAGUCGCGCAUCAACUCGGUCAUGUUCUAUAUGCUGUGGGCGAUCGCACCCAUCCUGAUUAGCGUCACGUCGUUCUUCGUGUAUGUGGCGACGGGGCAUAGGCUCACCGUGAGCACAGCGUUCACAGCGAUUACGCUGUUCAACAUGAUCAGACAGCCGCUGAACACGAUCCCAACUAUGAUCGUGCAAAUCCUGCAGUGCAACGUCGCCCUCAAGCGUAUCGCGGUCUAUCUCGACGAGGACGAGGUCAGCGAACAGGUGUCCUCCCUCAAGAAGGACCUGUCGACACCGCAGCCUCAGGCCACCGGCGAAGACGACGUGCUCGCCAUCGAGAAUGGGACGUUCAAGUGGAACGAGGUCGAGCCAGAGAAAGCAACUAACGGCGUUGGUCACAUCCAGUCACCUACGGAUACGGCGUCGACGAGCGAUACGAUUGUCACGCACGAUACCGCUUCAAUCGCGGAGAGCGAGGCUGGCUCGGCGGUCUUGGAUCAUCACUUUGAGCUGCGGGAUAUCUCUGUCAAGUUUCCGGAUGGGAAGCUUACGCUGGUUACUGGCCCUACGGCGUCGGGGAAAACGGCUUUGUUGAUGGCUGUCCUCGGCGAAAUGACUCUCCUCCAAGGUCGCCUCAUCCUGGAGAAGAAUCCGCACCGCGUCGACGAGCAUGGCCUGAUGCACUCCAUCUCCUACGCCGCGCAGUCGCCGUGGUUGCGCCACCAGUCUAUCAAGGACAACAUUCUGUUCGGCUACCCCUACGACGAGGCGCGCUACCGGGAGGUCAUCGAGUGUUGCGCGCUGAAACCGGAUCUCAACAUGCUGGAAGAUGGGGAUGCGACGGAGAUUGGUGCACGUGGUGUUAGUCUUUCGGGAGGCCAGAAGGCCAGAGUCGCCCUUGCACGAGCAGUCUACGCGAGGACGAAGUAUGUGCUGAUGGACGAUCCCCUGAGCGCAGUGGACAGCCACACGUCAAGGUUCCUCUUCGAGCGCCUUCUCUGCGGUCCUCUCCUGCAACACAGGACGGUAGUCCUUGUCACUCAUCAUGUCGAUCUUGUCCUCCCCGGUGCCCACUACCUUAUCCGCAUGCUUGACGGACGCAUCGACACCCAAGGCACCGUCAAGGACCUUCGCGCUCAAGGCUUACUUGAUGACAUCGCCAACACCGAAAGCGUCGAAGCACAUAAGGCCGAGGAAGCUGUCGUCCAGGAAGAAGCCAAGGGUGACGAGGAGCCCGCUGAGGCGGAUGCCGUUCACGGAGUCGCUGAUGGCAAGAAGCCUCGCAAGCUCAUCAAGGAGGAGCAUCGUGAAGUCGGCGGCGUGAAGUGGCCCAUCUACAAGACGUAUUUGAAGGCAUCGUCCUACUGGAUCUGGGGAUUCCUCUUCUUCAUCGUGCUUGUCAAUCAGGUCCUUGGUGUCGGAGAAAGAAUAUGGAUUAUGAUCUGGGGCGAAGCUUACGGCCAGGAAGCCACUGUUCACUCACUGCAUGCUGUCUCUAGCGGCUAUGACCAGGACCAGGUCUCCUUCUCUGUCAACGCUCAUCCAGUCCACUUCACUGCGAGCGCCUCAGAAGAUGCCUUCACGACUACCAAGAUCAACUGGCCAGACGCAAAUGAGCACCCGCUCUUCUACGUGACGAUUUACUCUGCUAUCGGUGUGACGUCGGCGCUGGUGAACGUGAUGUCGAUCUCAGCACAGUUCUGGGGUGCGCUGAGGGCGUCGAGGUUGCUGUUCAGGCGCCUGCUGUUUGUGGUCGUACACGCCACCUUCCGCUUCCACGACACGACCCCGCAGGGUCGCAUGCUUAACCGGUUUGGCAAGGACAUCGAGACCAUUGACACUUCCCUCGCGAGCUCUCUGCAGGCCGUCAACUCCUCGCUUGCGAGCUUCUUUGCUGCCGUCUUGACCAUUGCCGUUGUCUUCCCUGCCUUCCUAUUCCCUGCCAUUGUCAUUGGUUUCGUAUACAGGGAGUGCGCUGUUGGAUACCUAAACACCGGUCGUGACCUUCGUCGGUUGGAGUCUAAUACGCGGUCGCCUAUCUUCUCUGACUUCGCUGAGCUCUUGGAUGGCAUCGUCACCGUCAGAGCCUUCGCGGCCGAGAAGCGCUUCUUAGACAACUUGCACAAGAAGAUCGACACUACUACGAAAUGCUACUAUGUCUUCUGGAUGACCAACAGGUGGUUGCUCUUGAGCUUCGACUCGCUUGGCGCGUUGUCCGUUUUGAUAACGACGAUCUUCGCUAUCUCGAGCUUCAAUGCUGGUCUCGCUGGUCUGUGUAUCACAUCUGCGAUGUCCUUCACGAUGUCGGUGUACUGGGCUUGUCGUUUCUGGACGGCUCUCGAGCUCGAUCUCAACUCUGUGGAACGUGUGGUCGAAUACUUGGAUCUUCCCCAGGAGCCUCCCGCUGUCAUCGAAGACCACCGCCCACCUGCGUACUGGCCGUCAGCUAACAGCGAAUCCCUGGUGUCCGUCGAGGACCUGUGGAUCCGCUAUUCGCCUGAGUUGCCACCUGUUAUCCAGAACGUCUCCUUCAACCUGCGCGGCGGCGAGCGCGUUGGUCUCCUCGGGAGGACCGGCUCUGGCAAGAGUACUCUGGCGAUGUCGCUGUUGCGAUUUACCGACCCUUCGAGCGGGAGAAUACUCAUCGACGGCAUUGACAUCACGACAAUUGGUAUUCAGGACCUUCGCUCUCGUAUCACCUUCAUCCCUCAGGAUGCGACGCUCUUUUCUGGAACAUUGAGGGACAAUCUGGACCCCUUCGAUGAACACGAAGACAGCGAAAUUCGCGAUGUCCUCGAGCGUGUCGGGAUGACCGGCGGAAGUACACAUCCCUCUCGAGCCGCAUCUGCUGCCUCCUCGCGCGCACCCUCUCGCCCAGAGUCCCCCACCAACGGGCUGAUUACCCCUGAUCACCAGCUUGACGCAACCUUCCCCUCCUCUUCCGCGUCAUCCAUCAUGACCGACGUGGACGCGAGGACCACCGUCACUCUGGACACGCAAGUGUCGGCAGGCGGCACGAACUUCUCGCAGGGCCAGAGACAGUUGAUCGCUAUGGCCCGCGCGCUGUUGCGCCAGAGUUCGGUGAUCAUCUUGGACGAGGCGACGUCGAGCAUUGACUUCGCAACGGACAAGAAGAUCCAACAGACUAUCAGGGAGGAGUUCACAAACUCACUCCUCAUCACGGUGGCGCACCGCUUGCGGACAGUCAUCGACUACGACCGUCUCAUUGUCCUGGACAAGGGGCAGGUCGUCGAGUUCGACACGCCGUUGAAUCUCAUCGAAAAGGAAGAUGGCAUCUUCAGGAGCAUGUGCUUGAAGAGCGGCCAGUUCGCGGAGCUCGAGGCUGCCGCGAAGGCGAAGCACAUCUAGUCAUCUACAUAAAGCACUCUCGGGCGUCUCUAUCGCUCUGGCUUUGCACUCGGUUUUCAUUGUUUCUAUCCGGACACCGCGUUCUCGUUCGAAUUGCAUUGCAUCGCAUCGUACCCAUGUACUCUUAGUUCGCGCAUCCUCAUCUACUCGGGAACCUGCCCUGCACAGUAAUUAGAAUCAAUCGCUUUCGUUGCAUUC